AGCAAAUUAAAGCUACAAGAUUGUUAGUAAUUCAAGCUACGUGUAUUUUAUUUGCUAAGGAAAAAAAUAUGGAUCCCGUAUUGAUCCAUGCUCAAGUCCAAAUGUGGAGUGCAAAGGCAGGAAUGUCUAAGUCAAGAACUGCAUUCAUUGAAACAGUAGUAGGAAAACGGGAAGUUAAACUCCUUCUUUAUUUCGUCACUGGGAGGAUUAAAUCUUUGCAGCUAAAGAAUAAUAUUAAAAGUGUGGUCCUUAAAACCUAUGACGAAGACCAGAAUUAUUUACAUUUAACUUUUAAAAACAACGAUUUCUUGUUUGUUGAGAAACUAACCUCCACAGAUGCCAGACAACUGAAGAGAUUCCUAGAUAGAGUCUAUGAAAGAAAUCUUCGUACGUCCAGGAGAAGUAAUGAAGAGAGAGCUGAUGGUCCUAGCAAAAGUACACACUCUUUACCACUGAAAGUUCGUUCAGAAGCGAGCAGGAAAUGCUUCCAAUUGGGGGAAGAAAGUGGAGCGUCAGGGCUUUGUGAGUUGCCUUUGUUUUCAUCCUCAUUAACCACAUUUAAUAAUGGAGGGUUAUUAGAAAAUCCACUUGUAAAGAGGAAAAGAUCCUCACCCGAUUCGGAAAAGAAUAGAAAAGGGAAAGGGAACAUCCUGGAGGAGAGUAAUAAGGAAAUUGAGCCAGUGGUGUCUGUACAUGAUGAUAGAGGGAAAGGAAGGGAUUUAAGAGAGGCAGGACAGAGUCAAUUAGGAUUAGGAUUUUCAUCUGAGGCCGAUUAUUUUGAGGAGCCUGAUUUGGAUGUUUGUGAUCUUUAUGAUCUCAUUAAAAAAUUGUUUUCGCCAUUUCUGUUAAGAUCGCACUGUCUGGAGAAAGGCGUAGAGUGGCAUGAGCAUAUGAAGACACUCUUACUGUAUCCAGAGAAAGCAUGCCAAGGUCUGCCUAAUGUGGGAAACACCUGUUACAUAAAUGUAGUAUUGCAGUCUCUGUGCUCAGUUCCACUGUUUGUUAAUGAUUUGUUCAAUCAGGGUUUCCCAUGGAUCAAACCUCCAAGAGAUGAUUUUAACAUGCCCUUGAUGCAACUGCUUGUUUUGAAAGAUAUUUACAGCAUGAAAACUAGGGAGAAGUUACUUAUCAAGAUUACAAGAGCCCUCCCACAAUUUGGAGAGGUAUUCACUGCAGACAGGCAGAGUGAUGCUCAUGAGUUUUUAAGUCUCUGUUUAGUUCAGUUGAAGGAAACUGUACAAAAGUUAACCAUAUUGUGGCAAUCUGAAAAUGAAUCUGGGGGAAAUAAUUUACUUACACAGAUUUUUGCUGACCAUGCUAUCACCAACAAAGUACCUGUUUGUCCUGUUGCUAAUAAUUUUGAAUUUGAGUUGUUGAGAUCUAUUUUUUGUAAAGGUUGUGGCCUGGCUGUUAUCAGGAAAGAACCGAGUAGUUACCUCUCCAUCAACAUUCCUCAAGGAUUGAAAGGCCACAACUUGUCUAUCCAGUCCAGUUUUGAUCUUUUUUUUAAAGCAGAAGAACUUGAGCAUAGAUGUGAGAGGUGUAUGCACAACAAAUCUAUUGCAUUGCACAAGUUUUCCCGACUUCCCAAGGUUAUUAUUAUUCAUCUGAAGCGCUAUAGCUUUAAUGAGUCAUGGGUAAUGAAGAAAGAUGAACAGAACAUCGUUAUUUCCAAAUUUUUAAAGCUGUCCUGUCAUUGCAACAAAAACACAAAACCACCUCCACCCCUUAACGAAAAUGAACAUGUUAAGGAUCUUGACUUACUAAAACCUCUUCAUGAGUUGGGUUCUGAAAUAUUCAAAUCGUCAUUUAUUUCAAUGACGACCUCACAAUUCAUGGAUUUCUCAACUGCAAAUGUCAGAUCAACCAAGGAGUCGGAACCACAAAAUGUAAAGAGAGACUCUAAAGUAUUGAAUGGAAAAGUGCAGCAGGAAGAUCAGGGAAAGGGUGCCACAGCAAAUGUAAUUAGGUCAGAAUUGACAAAUGAGACAGAAAAACUCAAGAAUCACGAGAAAGCACGUAAAUUUAGUAAGUUAGAUUCUGGUAGCAUCAGCAAGGGUACUAAAGAUAAUGCCCUCAAAAUUACAGAAAGACCCCCAAAGUACAAACAGGCCCAGAAAUGUUAUAAAGAGAGAAGUGACAAACAGACUUUCCGGGAGGCAGUUACUCGAAGCCAUAAACCAAGGUCCCUGGAACAGAGAGAGAACCUCAGAAAACCUGCAGAGCCAUAUACCCAGAAUGGCAGUCUGAAUUCACAGGGCUCACGAGGUUCCAGCAAGAAGUCAGGAAACAAAGAUGGUUUAGAUAAGAAGACAAAGCCUACAGGCAAGGUGGACCCACAAAAGCCUAUUGGAAAUGAUGUAAAUGGUUACAGGCUCAUGAAUAUUAUCAGCCAUAUUGGGAGCAGUCUCCAUGGAGGCCACUAUAUCAAUGAUACCUUUGACUUCAGGAAGCGGGUUUGGUUUACUUACAGCGAUUCACAGGUGACAAGUACACAAGAGGACUUUGUGCUUAAGGCUAGGCUUUCCACUGGGUAUGUCUUCUUCUACAUGCAAAAUGAGAUCUUUGAAGAGCUUUUGUCAAGGGAAACUCAGUCUCGCAACACGUCACAGUAGUAAUAAAAGGGAUAUAUGUCUCACAGCAUAUACCUACCUGAAUGCCUCACUCAAACUGGAUCAAGAAGGACAGAUAAUUAGCCAAGGACCAUUAUCUCAACAAAUAUCUACAGAGAAAUCACCUUUCUAACUGACGGAGUCAAUCCCAUAGUUACAGCUGACACUAAUGAGUGUUCUUCUCAUACAAGACUGGAACUGGAACUAUGUCUCUUGUAUAUUUUUUGUCAGAAAAUAGAUUUUAUUAUUGAUAGUGAAGUUUUCAAUAUUCACUACGGAAGUUGCAUAACCCGAGUUUGCCUUUAUAUUGAUAAAAAGGCCUAAUUCUACUUGGAAUCAUAAACAUUAUUCCAGUAAAAGAGGUACAUUUUCUCUCAUCUUGGUCUUCCUUCUUGCAUGAUCACCAUAAUAAGGUAUAAUGAAAAAGCUCUUACAUAAUCAGAGGAAUAAAGCUCAUAUCCAUACAGCCACCAGUUCAGGCGAGUCGACCUAGCACUGUUACCCCAGCCUGGUGCUUUAUCUUGCUGUCUCUCCAUUGGAAUGGUUUAGUGUCCCUCUCCCCUGCCAGCUUUCUUACAGUGGAGAUCACUAAAUGGUGGAGCCCGGAAUAAAGGGAGAAGAGAACAUUUGAUGUCCACAGAAGUUGGAUAGCUCUGGAUAAACUGCUUGGUGUCUGCAGCCCUUUCUAGUUCUCUAUCCCUGGCUUCCUUAAGGCAUCUGGUUUCCUUGGCUCUCGUGCCAUGUCUUCAGCUACUCUUUUCAACUCUUCAUCAGAAACAGACGCACCAUUCACAAUACUGAGAUUUUGAGCCAGAGGGAGAGGAUUCCAUCAUCUGGUCAGUUAUAUUUUCUGAAAGCUGGAUUCCUUCACAAUGGAUUCCUUUUCUCAUUUGCCUCAAAGAUGCUGCUCUGGCUUCUGUCCCCAGAAAGUCUGAGCAUGGACCUGCAAGCACAUUGGGACCCUAAUGGAAGCCUAGACUCCUCCUUUGCCCACCAGGAGCAAGGCCACGACCUCUACCUUUUAUAUUCUGAUGCAUUGUUUUAAGAGUGUGACCCGAUCAGUACCACCAUGCAGACAUGACAUCAUGGGAUAUGUGGACUCUUCUGCAGACCUACUAAUCCCCAAAUUUAGGACAGAGGGCAGCAAUCCAAUGGAGAUUCUAAUGUUCAAUUAGCUUUAGGAUCACUGCUUUUGUAUGUAGAAUUUUUGCUGUUAUGUUACAUAUUUGAGUUGCUUGUUACAUAGAAAGUUUUUAUAGCCUUUUUAUUUCUUUUAUAUGUGUUUUUCCUAUGAAAACACAGAAAUACUCUUGCUAGUCAUUGAUUUGGUUCUGUACUGGGUCAUGCCAACUGUAUUCAACUAAAUCCUGGCAAUAAGCAUUAAAUGUGGCUGAUAAACUUUUGAAUUCUCAUGGACAUGUGUAGAUGAUAAUGGACAUCAAACAAGUCUUCACAUUAGCCACUGAAGCCCCCCUUUUCCUUAGUGGCAAAGGUGCUGGAUAUUCUCAGACUUUGAUCUUGAGGAUGGGGGAGUUCAUUUGUGCUCAAGGAAUUGGCAUGUUUUUCUAUUUGUCAGCUGGCAAGUAACCUGCUGGAUUUUGGUGAUCUGAGCCUACUUCACCAUUUUGAUCUUCCCAGAAGGGCAUAUUGAGUCACAUCAAAGGAGUUUUCUUCACCAGGUCUUGAGCUGCAAAACUGAACAGUUUUGGACGUUAGAAGAGGAAUUAUGGAUUUCUUUUUUCAUCUUUUUAGCAUGGUAUUCUGUUCCUUGAAUUAAUACACAAUACCUGCUUUAAAGUGGACUUGUAAGACCUGAAAAAUCUUACUUAAGUAGCAAGCUUUGAUAAACAUGAAAAAAAAUGUCUCGAGAUAAUUUGCAGUGUAGGGAAAGCCACAUGCAUUCUAGGGUGUGGUAGUCUGUAAACUCAGUAAUCAGACUUAAUACUUCUAAUGCUAAGUAUGUGUUCUCUGCAAUGUCUUCUCUUGCCUUUGAAGCAAUGAGUAUAACUCCUUAUACUUGUAUUGGAGUAAAUGACUUGAUUGUAUAGUAUGUUUUAUUGCAUACACAGAAAAAUGGGUUUUCAGUCCUACCUUUGCCAGUAUGCAUUUACCACUAGUAUAUGGGGGUAGUUUCAGUAUAGUGGUAUUAAAUCUGUUUUAUUGAGAGUUUUUUUCCCCUUUUUUCUUUUUUUGAAUUCAGAGAUGUACUUGCUUAUGCUUCCCAAGUGCUAAGAUUAAAGGCAUAGGCCACCAUGUCUGGCUUUGCUAGUGUUAUUUCUAGUGGCCUUUAAUGGAGUGAAUUCAAAUUUAGUGCUACUAGGGAAGUUAGAUAAUGCCCUUUUGUUUAUGUAUAUGAGUGCUCUAUCUUCAUGUGUGUCCACGUAUCAGAAGAGGGCAUGGAAUCUCACUAUUUUGGUUGUGAGCCACCAUGUAGGUGCUGGGAAUUGAACUCAGGACUUGUGGAUGCACAUCCAGUGCUCUUAACUGAUGAGCCAUCUCUCCAGACCUAGACAAUGCCCUUAAGGGGAAACCAGAUUUAAAGGCCUCUUCCUUUGGGUAGUGUAGAACCUAGUAGGAAGUCUAAAUGAGGCCUGAAAUUUGCUGAAAUGUGUGGGUAGGAGUCUUUUAGAUUGAAUUGCUUUCAGAGAUAAAGCUGUUACAGACAGAAUGAGGAAUUGUUCAAUUUCUCUGAUACUGAGACAGUUGAGGAUAAUGUUGGGAGUUCAUGUAGAGACUGAAACUCCCAAGAGUUGGGCUUCUGAAUUCCAGUCUAUUGGCCUCUAGUUAAUUCUGAGUCCAUACAUAGACUUCAGAACAGGAAAGCAUGAGUGAAGGUGUUGGAAUUUGUGUAGGAGGGUUUUUGUUUUUGUUUAUUUUUUUUUAAGACAGGGUCUCACAGUGUAGCCUUAGGUGGCCUGAACCCAGAGACCUGCUUGCCUCUGCCUCCCAAGUGCCGGGAUUAAAGGCAUCCAUCAUAACACCUGGGCAAAGAAUUGUUUUAUGAGGUACAGAAGGUUAACAUCUUUACGUUUGAGAUUGAGGGAUUGUUUUGGUGGGGUGUUUAUAUACUGAAAAUGUUCUUUAGCAUGUAGCACUUACAAGUAUAGGGCAGUUAAAGGAGGAACAAGGAAGAGAGAAGAGGGAAUUUUCAGUUCACUUUUAGUUUGUAUACUGCCUAUGUGUUGUUUCAAAUAAAAUACCAAAAAAUGUAA